GCGCGACUGUCAGUAGUGUUUCCCUGCGCUCGUGAAAAGUCCACUGUUGUCGCUGCUGUUCAAACACAAACCCGAGGCGCGUGCGAGCCAAGCGUCCGCGUUCAGUGCGAGCGAAGCGGCGUGCGACGCGGCGACGCGCCCACGGAUCUGCUGCUUUUUUACCUGACGCGCAAGUUCGCUGCCCUUUGACACCGCGCGCGCGCGCGCGAGAGAGAGAGAGAGAGAGAGAGGGAGGGAGGGAGGUCACGGCAGCGCUGGAUUGUUUUCAAACAUUUCUCUUCCUCACCUCCUCCUCUUCUUCAUCACUCCUCCUCCUCGCGCACUGAAAAGCUGCGGAAGCGCGCGUGUCUCCUCCGUGUCUUUACCGCGUCCAGCAGCAGCAGCAGCAGCGGCAGCGGCAGCGGCAGCAGGAGACACGGGGACACGCGGAACAGUGAGGGACUUGUUGCGCGUCCUCAGUCUCAGUUUUCAUCCAAAAGUCGUCGCCGCUGAACCUGCGCCUGCGCAUCAUGCUCUGAUUCUGAGCGCGUGCGGAGCAGAGUGUGGACUGCGAGGAUCGAUGAUCGAUGAUCGAUGACUGUCUGAUCGUCACUGAUCACAUCUGAGUGAUUAGUUUCGGCUCCACCGCUACCGCGUCUGCCGCGCGCGCGCGCCCGGACUGUGACACUCCACGCGCUCGUCUGUGGCUUUAAAUGGCAGCCGCGCUCCACAAACUUUACUCAGGUCUGAUCCAAAGACUUGACUAGUUUGUUUUGUUUGUUUUUUAUUUUCAUUCACCGGAACCGAGAUCCGCUUCUUCUGCGUGACGUCAUGUCGGAACGCGAUGGAAACGGAGACAGCGACGGAACGCCGGACUUCAUCCCGCCCAGAGUGUCCCGCGGCCGGCGGAGCGGCGUCAUCCUCCCCGGCGGCGGUGGUCAGGACUCGGAGACCAUCCUCCUGGAGUCCGUGAAGGCAGCGCCGCGCAGGAGCAGCAUCAUAAAGGAUCCUUCAGUGCAGAAGGUGGGCGGAGGCAGGAAAAAGACUGUGUCCUUCAGCAGCAUCCCCUCUGAGAAGAAGGUGAGCAGUGCAGCAGACUGCCUGGCCUUCAUGCAGGGCGGCUGUGAACUGAAGAAGAUCAGGCCCAACUCCAGAGUCUACUGUCGCUUCUACACCCUGGACCCGGACCUGAGCUGCCUGCGCUGGGAGCCGUCCAAGAAGGACGGGGAGCGAGCUCGCCUCGACGUCUCCAGCGUCAGGGAGGUCCGCACGGGCAAGAGCACGGAGACCUUCCUCCAUAAUGGACCUCUGUCUGAACACCUGGCUGAGGAAGCUGCUUUCUCUAUCAUACAUGGAGAUGAUUACCAGUCUCUGGACUUGGUUGCUCUGUCCGCCGAUGUGGCAAACAUCUGGGUGACGGGCCUGCGUUACCUGUUAGCUCACCCGUCUGUGAUCGGCGGGGCUGGGUGCGGUGGCGGAGGAGGAGGCGGGGCUUUGAGUGAAGGUGGGGGCUUGGCAGUAGAGGGAAGCCUCGGGGGCAAGAUGAGGAGCGAGUGGCUGACGGCCGAGUUCGCCCAGGUGGAUGAGGACGGCUACGGCAUCGUGUCCGAGGACGUGGCGGUCGCCACCAUCUGUAAACUGUGUCCCGGCAUCAAAGAGGCAAAGGUGCGUCUGCGUUUUAAAGAAAUCCAGCGCAGCAAAGAGAAGCUGACCUCACACGUGACACGCGAAGAGUUUCAGGAAGCGUUCUGUGAACUCUGCACACGGCCCGACGUCUACUUCCUGCUGGUGCAGCUGUCCAAGGACCGCGAGUGUCUGGACCCUCAGGACCUGCGUCUCUUCCUGGAGACGGAGCAGGGUCUGUCCCUGGCGACGACGGAGGGAUGCUGGGAGCUGCUGCGGCGCUAUGAGCCGUCGGUCCAGGGCAGAGAGAGGGGGCUGAUGGGUCUGGACGGGUUUGCCCGGUACCUGCAGUCGCCCGAGUGUCAGCUGCUCGACCCGGAGCACCAGGGCGUCUGUCAGGACAUGAACCUGCCUCUGUCCCACUACUACGUCAGCACGUCGUAUCGCUCGUACCUCCUGGAUGACCAGGUCCACGGCAGAGCGGACAUCGGGGGCCUGAUCAAGUCCCUGCAGUCCGGCUGUCGAUGCCUGGAGCUGGGAGUGACCGACGGUCCGGAGGGCGAGCCGCUCCUGGGCGUGGACUACGGUCCGGACAUCCCCCGCCAACAUCACCACCACCACCAUCUCCACCACGCACCUGUGACCAUCCGCUCCGCUCUGGAGGUGGUCAACAAGUACGCCUUCCUGACCUCGCCGUACCCCCUGCUGGUGUACCUGUGCCAGCGCUGCUCUCCCGCACAGCAGCGAACGAUGGCACAGCACCUGAAGAAGGUGUUCGGCUCACGGCUCUACAAGCCCGACGCUGCGCCGGUGAACCUGGGAGGGCGGGCGACGAUCCUGCCGUCCCCCGAGCAGCUGAAGGGGCGGAUCCUCAUCGUGGGGAAGAAGCUCCCCGCGGAGGAACAAGGCUUGGAAGGGGAGGUUUCUGAGGAGGACGAGGAGAUCGGAGGAGGCGGGCCUUUGGCAGGGCGGCGGAUGACCAUACCGGGUGAGGAGGAACUGGGCGUGGUCUUAGUAGUGCCUCCACCCUCUCAACCCAGGAAGCUCCGCCUCCACAAAGACCUGUCGGACCUGGUGGCAAUUGGUCGGACCGGCAGCCGCAGCUUCUACGCCCACAGAAUGAGUCAAAGACAGAGUUCUCAGCAGUCGCCACCCAGCAGCCCCUCCUCCCCCGGCACGCCACUGCCCCCCGAGCCGCCAUAUUGGACGCUGUGCUCGCUGGGCGAGGGCGAGGCCGGGCGACUGACCAGCGAGUGCCCGGAGGACCUCGUCACGUUCACUAAGCGCACGCUGACCCGGGUUCGGCCCAGCUCAGUGCGUCUGGACUCCAGUAACCCCAACCCUCAAGGAUACUGGAAAGGAGGCGUCCAGCUGGUGGCAUUGAACCAGCAGACGCCGGGCGCCAUGUUGGACCUGCACCGAGGUCGAUUCACGCAGAACGGUGGGUGUGGCUACGUCCUGCGACCGGCCGUCAUGACCGACGAGGUGUCGUAUUUCAGCGCCCACACGCAGGGAUGCGUCCCGGGGGUUCCUCCACAGACGCUACGCAUUAAGGUCAUCAGCGCUCACAACCUGCCCAAGCCUCAGGGGUCGGGGGCAAAGGGAGAGGUCAUCGACCCCUACGUGGUUCUGGAGCUGCACGGCGUCCCGGCCGACUGCGCUGAACAACGGACACGAACCGCAGCUCAGAACCAGGACGACCCGCUGUUUGACGAGACCUUUGAGUUUGAGGUGAACAUGCCGGAGAUGGCCCUGCUGCGCUACGUGGUCCUGGACGACGACUACAUCGGAGACGACUUCAUCGGUCAGUACAGCGUCGCCUUUGAGUGCCUUCAGCCCGGAUACCGCAAUGUGCCCCUGCUCGGCAUAUCGGGAGACCCCUUACCCCACACCAGCCUGUUUGUCCACGUGGCCGUCACCAACCGGCGAGGGGGCGGGAAGGCGCAGAGGCGGGGCCUGUCUGUGAGGCGGGUGGGGCGACGGGGGAGGGGCUAUGUCACGCUGAGGAACACGGGCAUCAAGGUGGUGGAUGAGACCUUUAAGGUGGCGAGUUCCCCGCUGAAGGAGGCGGCAGACCUGCGGGACGACGCUCAGAGCACCACUGCCAGUUUCAAAGAGCAGUGUGGGCUCCCCACGGUGGCCAAACUGAAGCAGUGCAUCCAGAGCCUGGCCACCCGGCUGCAGAGCCCUGAAGGCAGCAUGGGCGCCACCAUGGUGCUGAAGGAAGGUUACCCGUGUCUGGAGCCCCUGGUCAACCUGUCAGAGACCACACGCAAGCUGCUCACGGCCUACGACACGAUGAUCGCCUCACAGAAGCAGCUGAUCGAGAGCGCAGACGCGGUGCAGGAGCGGAUCGACCAGGUUCAGAGAGAAGGCAUGGACUUCCAUGAAGAUCUGGCUCGGCUCGGGGAGAAGGAGGGGCUGAAGGGCCGGAAGCUGGGCAAAUCUGUGGAGAGCUUCACGUGGAACAUCACUGUCCUCAAGGGUCAGAGUGACCUGUUACGUGGAGCUAAGAUGGAUUCUCUGGACGCUCUGAGGCAGCUGGCUCUGGCCUGUGAAGCCUGUGGUCUCACCUCCUCGUCCUCCUCGUCCAACAACACCUCGUCCUCCGCCUUCUCCGUUGCCGAGCUGCAUUACUCCUCCCACCCUCUGUCCGGCCGCCGCAGCAGCACGCAUGGCAACGGACGCAUUUGACACACCUCCGUCCCCCCGUCCCUCUGUCCCAACGUCCCCCCCCCCCCCCGUCCACCACCACCACUGACCGGGUCCAGCGUGCUGCCAAAGACGAAAGCAGGAGUGGAAACACAGAGACGAGGAGACGUGAAAGACAGAAAGUGAAUCCCUCCUCCUCCUCCUCCUCCUGCUCCUCCUCCUCGCAGUGUCUAGACUUGACCAGAACAGACGAGUGAAUCUGUUAAAGCCUUAGGUGAGUUCAUCCCUUCAUCACUGAGGCUCCGCCUGCACACAAGCGUCCCAUGAAUGUCCAGAGUUCCUGGAGCGGAGAGGAAAUCCCUGACAGCAGAAUCAUUUCUGACAAACGCGGCUGAUGUUUACGAUCUCCCCCGUCGAGCAGUGUGGUUCCCAAACACUAGGUCGGGACCCACAGAUGGGUCACAAGAGAUAUAUUUCGGUUCCCCAAAGAGAUUUUGCAGAAUUGUCCCAAACCUUUUAGUUUAGAUGUGAAUUAAGUUGAGUUCAUUUUCAAAACACCUCGGUUAACAAGUUCAAAGAAACCCACAGAAGUUUGGGAAACACUGAUACAGAGGAAGCAGCCUGGAGAAGACUCGGAGCAGGACUUUUCUUGGGUUAAGAUAUUGAAACGUUUGUGUGUGUGUGUGUAUUAUAAUAUGUUUUUUAAAGCUCACAAACUUUUUGUUUUGUUUUAUUGUUUGUUUGUUUUUAGCUCUAAUUGCAGUAAAAUGCAGUGAAACUUUAGUUAUACCUCAUGUAAAAAAACGGUUUCUUCAUCGUCGCGUACGCAUUCUUCCGUGUUUUCAACAUUCCACUCCAGUAUGUCGUCUUACCUGGUCUUACCUGGUCUUACAUUGUCGGGCGUCUCUUCAGGGUUCACGCGUGAUAAUGACACUUCAUGCGGACCAUAGUGAACCUUGUGGACGCAGAGAGUUCCAGGCUCUUGGUUCAAGGUCUCCACGUCUGGGACUUCCAUAUAUGAGGGUUCUUCAAGAAGUUCUCUGUCUGAGCUGGAAACAAGGGGGCGGGGCAUAACUGUACUAAAUAAAUCCAUUUGUCACAGUCCACAAAAACUCAAAUAUUCGUUAAAAUCAAAAGACAUGGAGAAGAAGAUGUCUGUGAAGGUUCUCACAAGAGGACAACUGAACUCGCUUGAGUGAAGCUGAAGAUGUUUCACAUCCAUCCCAAGAGGUCAGGACUUCCUCAACUCAACUCGAGCAAGUCCAGUUGCCUCCACCAGGGUUCCUCAAUCCUAGUUCCAGAUGUUUCCCCUGCUCCAACACACCUGAUUCAGAUGAAUGGGUUGUUGUCCGGCUUUAGCAGAACUUGAAACAUCUAGAACAUGCCGGAUUUUGGGAUUGAGAAGCCCUGGCUUACAGGUAACUGCUGAGGAUGACAAGAAGGUUAUAGUUCCAGAAGAAGCCAAACGUGGAUUUGAACCGGUCGAUAAAAUACGAUAAAAGAUUAAGAGUUCCUCGCGCUCUCCUCUUACUGAGCUGUUGUUGGCCUUCAAACUUGAAUUCUGAUUGAUCUUUUAGGCAAAUACGAGUUGAUCGUGUCUAAAAUAUCUACAGUUAUGAAUAAGAUUUGAGAAUUUAAAGCGGUGGAAUGGACUUUUAGGUUUUUUUCUUCAUCAUUGGCGUCAGAUUUCUCGGUGGAUAUUUCCAGAUUUCAGAGUUGUUUUCUGGUUGUUUGAGAAACUCUGCUUUAUUCAUGUACUGUGUGGAAUGAGGAGUGUGUGUGUGUGUGUGUGUGUGUGUGUGUGUGUGUACACUCACACACUCACAGAUGUCAUCAUUAUCUCCAUGGUCGGCUGAAACACGAGGACCGAGGCGCAGUCGAGGAGAUGUGUAGUAAUUGGAGAGGUUGUAGUACUACAUGUCUGCUGUAGUAUGACUGUGGGUCAUGUGACCUCCUGUGUGUGUGUGUGUGAUGAAUAUAAGAUGUAGCAAUAAUGAAUAAUAACAAUCGUGGGUAGAAGUUACAGGAGAAAGUCAGCGUGGCGUGCUUUAACUGUACUGACUGAAUGGUUUGAUUAUUGACUAACUGUGUAACUCAGUGAUGCUUUUAAACGUCUGUAAAAACUACAAAGAUGGUGUCCAGCAGGUGCUCGUCGUCGUACUCUUGUCAGUGUCGGUGGUUCCUCGAAGCCUUUUCAGUGUAAGCGUGUGUUUUCUUCUUCUUCUUCUCUUCUCCUCGUGUUUGAUCUUAAGCAACACAAGCUCGGCAGAAGAGAUUUACCUCCUUUUUGAGUGUCGUCACAUGUCACAAGCCUCUCGUCUGGUCAACAAGAGGGAUUUUUAUGCUUCAGUUGAAGGAUCGUGUGUCAAAAAAGCCAAAAUAUAUAGUUACAGGUAGAUUUAAAGGUUAUUGGAAGUUGUUUUGAGAACAAGAGCGUGGUUUAUGCGUCGUCAACAGAAAAAACAAAGAAGACCCACCCAGUUCAGUCAAGACUUGAUUUGUCCAAAUGGGCCAUUCAGUAACUCCCUAGUUAAGAGCAAGAGUUCUCUGUCAGAAAAUAAGAAAGAGUCUUGGUUGGCGCCCCCAACACUUUAUCCUUCAUGGUUGGGUGUUCUUCUUCUUCUACCAAGUUCUGGCAGAUGGUUCUCUACAGUUCGAAGUCCCAAAUCACAGUUUGUAGUCACAAACCAUCAUUCUCAUCCUUAUUAUUUCCCUGUUCCUUAAUCCUUCUGGAUCCAAAUCCCCAGUUCCGUCUUGGUGGUUCUUCAGCACAGAAGUUCUUACAUAUGAACCAGUUGCGUGAAGAAGUGCCAAACAUUAAAGCCUUAGGUCAGCCCAAUCGACAGAGAGGACAUAUGGGUCCACCCUGGACAGGUCACCAGUCCACCACUAAUCUGUGUGUUUUUGGACUGUGGGAGGAAGCAGGAGAACCUGGAGAAACCCAAGAUCUGGUUAUUCUUGCUGUGAGGCAACAAUAUGAGCCACUGCACCACCUUGUGGCCUCAAGAAUAUAUAAAAUGACAUUUUGGACGUUUACUCCGCCCUCUUUUAUGAGCAAGGUUGUUGUUAGCCAAUCAGAGACUGAGCAGCACAUCAGGCGGUAUAAUUUUAUUUGUUCAGAACGUUGCUGUUUCUGCCGCCUUGUUUUUCUAACUGCACUCUACAUCUGAACCUCCUGCUGCCGUCUCAGAGUGAUGAAGCUGAUGCUGAUGAGUCACUCACAGCCAGAGGAAGGAGGUUGACCUCAUCACAUUUCCCUCUGUGUGUGUGUGUGUGUGUGUGUGUGUGUAGAAGAAGCUUCUAAAAGUAGAGGAGAGUUUUGUUGUGGAGGGAUCAAAGGUUGUGGGGUUAGAAGACGACGGUGGAUUAGCUUGAGCUUGAAUGUGUGCUUGUGUGAGUUCACCUGCAGAGGUUGAUAAUUGGCUGUGAGCUGCAGACAGAGUGACAGCACCUGCUGCCUCGCUCUAUUAAUACCACUGUGACUCACUGGAGGCUUUGGGGGGGUUUGUAUUUGCUGUUGUGCUUAUGAUGUCUGCGUCGUGACACCGCCGUGCCCCCGUUCAUGACCCGGUGAUGCAAACUGGUUCUCCUGCUUCUGUAAAAGUAGCUGUCAUGUUGUCUUUAAAGGGACAGUGCUGGUUAUUUUGAAACCAUGUGGUUGUAUGAGGUAGAGAAGCAUCAGACAGUCAGGGCUAUCGAAGCUUUGUGGGGAAAAAAAAGUAUUGUGGACCAGUUCCUGGGUGUCCCAAAGAGGAACGUAUGGACGUCCUAUUGGUCAGUGUCCAGGAGCAAUGUGUCGGUCAUCACCAAACUGCUUCAAAAUCGCUCUGAAUUUGUGUCAUCUUAACACUUAAGCCUACAAUAUACUUGAGAACAUGUUCUCCACUUCAUCGCACCGUUAGACGUCCUUUUCUGACCGGGAACUCAAGUUUGUGUCACUUUUUAAAACCGCUCACUCUCCCACACCAAAGCCCAUAGAGAAAAUCACUCAUUUUACAUCACAGCACACAGGAGUUGUUGAUCCACUGCUGCCUCCUUCACUAAGUUCACAUGUCUUGUUUUGUGACUUUAAGUGUUUGAAAUCCUACGUUCAGAUUUACCUCAGUGGCACAAAGUGACCACACGAGGCAGCAGUAGACCAGCAGCUCCUGUGUCCCCGUGAGCUAAAAUCACUGAUUUUCUCUAUGGAGUUUGGUGUGAGUACACAAACUUUAGUUUCCAUCAAUAAAAGAGCGUUAUAUCACAGAGAUAACGUGACAAACAUAUUCUUAAGCUAUCAUAGACUUAGGUAAGUGUAUAGUUUAUCAGACGAGCCUUUUGAUAAGUCGCUAAAACCUCAAUAUUAACUCACAAUACAGCUUGUUUUAAGGUUUGGAAGAGCUCCACGCUGAAGCGUCUGAAAACCACAGAUUUCACAGAGUCAUAUAAGUGAGGCGAACUCAUGUCAGAGAUCUUCUUACCUGCAGGGAGCAUUAAUGAUGCAUCGGCCGCAGUAAAACAAACCGCAGUAUUAGCUUUCUGUGUUCCGCUUUUCAUGCCUGCCACUGACAUGGUGAAAUAACAACCGGGUCAAAGGUCAAACAGGCCAUAGGAUUGACUUUACCUGUACAUACGUGAAAGAUGCAGGUCACAGGGGUUUUUAUCUUUGUAGGUGAUCAUCCAGGGUAGGAGAGUUUCAGGUUUCACUAAUUAGGUCAUUUCCUGUUCAGGUGAAGCGACUCAUCAGUGAUGUCUGGACACAACAUGGCAGCUUUUAAUUUCAGCCGAGUUUGCAACAAAAAUGUCCUGCGUGUCUGCAGUAUUUAACUCCCACUGCAUCUGAUACGUACACACUGUCUGUCUCUCACUGUGUUUUUGUGUCUCAUAAGUGCGAGAUUUCGGAACAAAAAUCAUGUUACCUUCAUUUUUUUUUACACACGUGUAUAAAUCACGUGCUUCAGUGAAAUCAGUGUGAUACUCACGUUGGCGAUAGACGUGUGUCAAAAUCACGGCCAUUGCGCCUAUCGCAUUAAGUCAAUGCACAGACACGAUUUUCACGUCGGCCGGACCAAGUGGCUCGACACAAGCGAUUGGCACGAUAGAACAUCCAGCUGCAAAGUUCCAAGCGAGCUGAACCGAUAUUAAAAUGUGACGUCAUCAGACUGCUGGCCACUGAUUGGUCAGAGAGUGCCGUCACUGGAAGAGUCACGAGUGCAACGUCCGACACAAGAAUCAAAGCCAACAAUGUCCAACUGUAGAUCAAUGUUAAAAACCCUCACCCUAACCCUCAUCUCCAACAUUUAGCAAAGGAAAUGUCUAAAAUGUCAAUAUUUAGCAGAGGAGUCUGGUGCACCGCUUGAACACUGUCCCUUUAAUUCUUGAAAAAUGUUAAUAUGACAGUAUGACGUUUUUCAGCCAUUUUGAUAAUCAAUAAUUUGGUUUGAGUGUUAUUUAUUAAUAAUUAAAACUUCUUAAAUGUGAACAAUUUCUGGUUUCUUUAAUCCAGAUAACAAAGAAGGAGUUAAAACUGAUUAAUUAUGUCAUGUUUUACAUUUUAUGGACCAAAGAACUAAUUGAUUAAUCAAGAUAAUAAUUGGCAUGUUAAUCAGUUUUUAAAAAACUUGUUAGUUGCAGCCCUCAUGACAUAUUUGUGUUUUCUUGCCUGUACAAAUGUAACAUGUUCCAUGUUUUCUGUUGGAUUAGCAUAAAAUAAUCAUGUGACUUCAACAAAGAAGAAACUUAAGCUUGAUAUUCACAGUGGCAGAUGACGAGGGAGUUGUAGAAACACUAUUAUGAUCCUUUAAAUGACAUUAAAUUCAUUUUCAAGUUUACAAAUCUCUGCAUUACACUUUUAUCACACUCUGCUUCACACGUCUCUGCACUUUCCUCAAACACCUGAACAACACUGUUCAUUUUGCAGCGUUUUACCUCCGCCGACGCCUCCGUGCUCUGUAGUUCUCUGUACUCGUCAGUGUGUGGCGCUAUACCUGUUUUUGCGCAGACCAGUGAUCAAAAUAGUGAAUUAAACAUUCAUUUUUAAAUAAGUAACCCGAGAGUUGUUUAUAUUUGCCAUUAGUGACGUGGACAAAGUCGUACCUUGGAAACGUGUGUGUGAUGAUAUUUUAGGUUGUGUUUUACAGUGUCUGUGUUGGCUUGUGUUUACACCGCUGACCUUUUUUUGUUUGUUUUUUUCUCUUCACUGUUUUUCUGACAGUCACUGAACGUUGUUUUUUUUGUAAAAUAGUAAAGGAAAAAAACAGAAUAAGAAAAUAUUUAUUGAAGUGUGUUUUAAAUAAAAAAAACAUAAAUAUAAUGAACAAUUAAAUGGACCUCGCUUUUAUUUUGAAAAGCUACUGUGUUUUCUAUCUUACAAGUAAUCAAUCUUAAAAGUAUAACAAAGAAAAUGUAUACCAGACUAAAUAAAGUUAUCUUU